CAUCUUUUUGCCACUAUCUGAGUUAAUUUUUGCUUCCAACACCAUCAGAACCACCUUCACCACCACACACAAUGCCCAAGGCCUCCCGAAUAAAGAAAAACGCCCCUCCUCCAGCGGGCUACGACAAAGUAUCGCCUACAUUAACCAAACUCCAGGCCAAGUUGAAACAGGCUCAAGUGGCCCAGUCCGUCAGGACAGGGUCCUCUGCAUCCACCAAGCAGCUGUCGCUUUGGCCAAUUAUGCAAAUCAACCACCAAAUCUCUCGCUACGUCUACGACAUGUACUACAAAAGGAAGCUCAUCUCGCGAGAGCUCUACGACUGGCUUCUCGUUCAGUCCUAUGUCAAUGGCGACUUGAUAGCCAAAUGGAAGAAACAAGGCUACGAGCACCUUUGCUGUGUGCAGUGCAUUAUGGUUCAAGACAAGAACCACAAGAAUGCCUGUGUUUGUAGGGUGCCCAAGGCUACUCUUCUCAAGAACGGUGACGAGGAGUCCACCAAAGCUGUCGAGUGUGUCACCUGUGGGUGUAGGGGAUGCGCAAGCACGGAUUAGGGGUACUUGAGGAGAAUAAAAUACAUGGUAUGCUAAGGCUAUUUGGGAAUAGUAUCUACCUAUUUCAUAAGUCAGGGAAUUACUUUUCUCAAACUCACUACUAAUGUGGCAAAUUGUCCCUUAUGUGUUGAGUAUUGGCUGGAACUGACAGAUAAGUUAUGGAGCAUGUUUGGAGGAUGCCAGAGAUUAAUACACGGUAAUCUAAUAGAGGAGCAAAGAAAGCA